AUGUUCCAUGUGUGUGCCAGUGGUCUAGAUAGCAAUGAGGAGAUCAAAUUCAGCGGCGGCUUGGUAGAAAUAGCAGCACUGACUGCCGUGAUCGGAGGCUCUACUGCUGAGUCGAUUGCUUUGGGCAACCGCGGCGCCUGUGGCUUACCAUGGGCAGCUAUGAGCUCCUUCGGUUCGAUCUUCAUUGUCAAAGCAUGCAUAUCAGCAUGUACCCCAGGAUGGCUUCGGGAUACCAUCGGCGUGAGAACCACCGGCUCUGACAAAGCUGUAGGGUGCUGCUUGAGGUUGAGUAGGAAAGCAAAUACACGCGCCAUAACAGGCAGCGCUGUAGGGGUGACGGUGCAGUGGACCAAGAGCGAUGAUGCUUCUGCAUUACUAGUUGCCGGGAGCGAAGCAUUCGAAGACGUCUAUGCCUUUGACGAAUGGACAGCCGGUCCAUUGCGAUGUUGCACAGUCAUGCAGCCUGGAGAGCACCUCCAAGCGAAUAAGUACAUGAGAGAUCACUACUGGGAAAUGGCGCAGCGCUCGCAAACCAAGCAAGACUGGAUUGUUACUUUCGCAACAUUGCUGAAGAUCGUCGAGAUGUAUCUACUUUACCAUUUCGGCUCUCAGCGCAUCUUCCUAAUAACCGGAGCUAUCUGGGCCUACUCCUUCUUGUCCGCGAUUGCACUGCAACAGUUUCACGUCGGAAGAGCCACGACUGCCGGCGAGCAGCUGCGCCACAUUGACGUCGUAUCUGGAUCUCUCCCUACACCUCAAGUCGUUGGGGGCGAGCGCAGGAUUCUACUCGGAGUACCCGUCAAUCUUCGAAGAGGUCGCGCAUGGCAGGUCUUCUGGACGUUAGGCGCUGUCGUUUGCGUGAGCUCCCUCCUUGCCACUUAUACCAUCCUGUCCAAGGAGUCCAACAUCUGUUUCCGGAUCUGGAUCUGUUUCCAAGUAGUGUGGCUCGCACUCCGGUCGAUGUUCUUCCACUUUGCCCAGCAGGUAGAUGAUAUGAAACACAUCAUCGUACCAACAGUCAGGGAGAAGAACGAUUUGCCGGAAUUGGACUUGCGGCUUUUGGGAUUAGCUGCCGGUGUGUCCAAACACCAAGUUCUCAAUCAUCCUAGGGGCGCGUACAGCUACGCAGACGACCUACAAGACCCCGCAGUGAUCAAGAAGCUUUUCAACGACGCUGAUCUGCAAUAUACUGGCAGCAUGGAGGUUCCGGCCGCCAUAGGACCCGGAUCUGAGGUCGAUGUCACAGUCGUCGCAGUAAUCGGCGACACACUGCUCUCCAGUGUUGCGUGGCUUAUGGGCUCGACUCUCACCGGAAUAGAUCUUUACGACUCCUGUAUCUUGGCUAUUCGCGUAUCAGAUCAGGUACGAUUGAUUCCGUCAUGCCGUGUACUCUCUGGUCGCAUCAUUGACGAUGCCGAACCCGAUCCAGAAACAACAUUGCCUUCUAACUUCCGGCCCAAAGGAGCAGCAAACGAGGGUAGGGACAUUAGCUGGCGUUACUGGAUACCAUGUGGGCCUAACAGGUGGUUGUGGUACAGCACUCCUUGGGCGACACUCGCGAAGAUGGACCUGGGCAUAACGGGGACGAAGAGGAUGGUGGUGACUACAGCAGAAAGUAUCACAAAAGAGCUCUUGUCAGGCAUGUUGCAGAUCAGCAUGGAUAACGUACAGGCUGUGGAGGAUGCUUCCAUGCAGUCUGCAAACGCUGCUACGAUCAUAAAAGACAUGCUGACGGGAGAUAUGCCAACGCUUGGAAAGACCGCAAGGUGA